ACCCCGUCAAGGAAUCGGAUGGAUGUGACUCAACUUUGCGGGGUCUUUUGACAGUUUCUUUUCGCUUUGAAUCCAGAAGGUACCUGAGAUCUUCACCCUCCUCAGCAGUCACGUUUGAUUUGGACCCCGUCAAGUCGACGAUCCGACACAAAAUUCCGGUCGAUUAAUUUUCAUUUUGGAAAGGCGUGGAAAGGGGAUAUUGUAAAGUGCAAAAGACAAGAAAACGUUUCAACGAUGGAAUUUCCCCCCAUCAGUAUAAGGCGGCUGAGAUAAAGUCAGGAGUCAACAUACACUGGAUGGUGGGCAAAUUUAGAGGAGGUCAUGUUAUUACGACUCUACAGAAGCAAAAUAAAAUUUGUUGUUAAUUUCUGGUAUAGCCAAAGCCUUGCCCUCGAUGUACACGUCCGUAAACGCUUCUUCACAUGUUGUCUCCGUAUUAGUCUGAAGUCUUCACGUAUUGUAAGCGUUUGUUUACUUUUUGAAAAAUAGUUGUACGGAAACUGUUUGGUUUUUCUAAUUAAAUGGAAGUCCUAUUUCUGUCGAUGUUGUCAAUUUUGAAAUCCUUCACGUGAGAUGUGCAAAUCAACAAUUGGCUCCAGACAAAAAGAAGAUUGAUGGUUAAGUAAAACUUCUUGAGAACAUCAGCGCUUGAGAUCAAACUGCUUUUAAACUUUUUGGAGCGGUUUGAAUUUAAAGGAAGAUCGAUUUUUAAUGAUUUCAAUCGAUAUCUUAACUUCUUAAGUAUUGCUUAAAAUGCUUAUUGUGUCGACGAGUCGUCUGCUGCUGUCGUUUUUGAUGAUCUUAGGUUCCUGAUUCUGAUCUAGAAAGUUUCUGAAUGUUACUUCCUAACGUUUAUCACAUUUUAGGUCUGAGUCAGCCAUUGUGACAAUAACAAGAUAUCCAAGUUUUGUUUGUGCUGUACAACCUAACAUCAGCACCAAUCUCAGUAUCAUUGCUUGAUAAACAGCAUCCUGUUGGAUUUGAGAAACUUCUGAUGUGGUCCGAAUUCUUCCCCUUUCUUAAAAUCUUAUCUGUCUUUGUGUACACCCAUGUGAGGUGUGGGUGUAUUCACGAGGACACCCUUUUUCCCUCCUGGUGGAUUCAACUCUUCAGCGAAUGGAUGAAGCACUUGUGGAUGGAUUCCUGGCUCUAUUUCCCAGGCUUAAAGGUGUCCUUGUUUGGUCGAAGUGUAGUGGCAACAACGUCCGAAUGUCUCCUCUUCCGGCCUCAUCAAAGAGGAGUCAGCUGAUGGCGAAACAGACGAGAAAACGUGUUGAAAGGGUCGUGCAGCUUACUGCUGUCGUUCAACCAUUUAUUUGUUCAAAUCAUUGUAUUCUACUGGAUGUGCCAUCAAAAGGAAACAGGAUUCAUCAUAAUUGUCUGCUGUUUGUAUUGGACUUGCUAGAUCGCCAAUCCCAGCCAUGCCUCGAUUUUGAGUGUUCUUCAUUGCAGGUUUCUAACACAUUGGCAUGA